CCCCACUCUUUCACAAAUUCUGCGCUGCCUUAUCGCACCCGCAACCAACCGACCCGACUUUUUUUCAGGAGAGAGACGCCACCGACAGAGCAGCGACGACAACACCACACCACGACAUCUACAGCAGUCCAGACACACAACACACCACCAUACCCGCAGCAACAUGCACCGUUUCCAACGUAAUAGGGUAAUGAGGAAGAGGAGAUCGUCAUCCUCCUCAUGGAAGGUAUGGUGGUCGAUCAUCGUUGCGGUGCUCGUCGCUCUCGUUGCUUUGGUAAUACCAAGCGCGGCAACACAAGCGCAGGACAGCACUACAGAGGACACAACAGUGGCGCCGUUCAUCGGGAUAGACCUCGGUACAACGUACUCCUGUGUCGGAGUUGUCCAAAACGGCCGGGUGGACAUCAUUCCCAACGACCAAGGCAACCGUAUUACACCGUCAUAUGUCGCGUGGGACUCGGUGAACGGAGAGCGCCUGAUCGGUGAUGCGGCCAAGAAUCAAGCCGCCGUCAACCCCGAGAAUACCGCAUUCGACAUCAAGAGGAUAAUCGGACGCCAUUUUGACGACAAGUCAGUGCAAGCCGAUGCGAAGCUCUUCCCCUUCAAGGUGGUUAGCCAAGACAGACAAGCGGCAGUGGAGGUGGAGGUAGGUGGUUCGAAGAAGACCUUUGCCCCUGAAGAAAUAAGCGCCAUGGUGCUCCUGAAGAUGAAGGAGACCGCCGAGGACUUUCUGGGCCAACAAGUGUCCGACGCUGUCAUCACUGUGCCUGCCUAUUUCAACAACGCGCAACGCCAGGCCACAGAGGACGCCGCCAGGAUCGCUGGUUUGACGGCAAGCAGGAUCAUCAACGAGCCGACGGCCGCCGCUCUAGCGUACGGCAUGGACAAGAAAUCAUCUCAAGAGAAGAACAUCCUCGUGUACGACCUUGGAGGCGGGACGUUCGACGUCAGCCUGCUCACGAUAGACGAUGGCGUUUUCGAGGUGCUAGCGACGAACGGUGACACUCAUCUCGGUGGUGAGGACUUUGAUCAGCGCGUGAUGCAGUACUUCAUCAAGCUGUUCAACAGGAAAACGGGCACCGACAUCACCGGAGACGUCAAGGCCACCCAGAAGCUCCGACGCGAGGUGGAGCGCGUGAAGCGCGUGUUGUCCAGCCAGCACCAGGCCCGCGUUGAAAUCGAGUCUCUCGUGGAUGGUCACGACUUUUCGGAGACGCUCACUCGGGCUCGGUUUGAGGAGCUCAACAUCGACCUGUUCAAGAGGACCCUAGGUCCGGUGCAGAGAGCAUUGAAGGACGCCGACCUGGAAAUGUCCGAGGUGCACGAGGUCGUGCUCGUUGGUGGCUCCACACGCAUCCCAAAGGUUCAAGAGCUUCUGAAGGACCUGUUCAACGGCAAGGAGCUAUCGCGGGGCAUCAAUCCCGACGAAGCAGUCGCCUACGGCGCGGCGAUUCAGGGCGAUAUUAUCAGAGGAGGUAGCCUGGAAGGCGAGGUAGUGGUGCUUGACGUGAUCGCCCUCAGUCAGGGCAUCGAAACAGUGGGCGGUAUGAUGACCAACAUCAUCCCGCGGAACAGCGUCGUACCCACCAAGAAGACCAAAGUGUUUUCCACCUACCAGGACAACCAACCCGCCGUACUCGUGAAGGUCUUCGAAGGAGAACGGGCCAUGACCAAGGACAACCAUGUGCUAGGGAAGUUCGAGCUGACAGGGCUACCGCCGGCGCCACGGGGAGUGCCUCAGAUCGAGGUGACCUUCGAAGUUGACGUGAACGGCAUCUUGCAGGUCUCGGCAAGGGACACCGGCAGCGGCCGCAGCGAGAAGAUCGUCGUCACCGGCGACACGGGGCGUCUCUCGCCAGAGGACAUCGAGAGGAUGGUGCAGGAUGCCGAGGACUACCGUGAGGACGACAGGCUGAUCAAGGAGCGCACCGACGCGAAGAACUCGCUCGAGGGCUAUCUGUACAACUUGAAAAAUCUUCUGGAAGAUGAUGGCGGAGGGGUUGCCAGCAAAAUCAGCGACGCGGACAGGGAGGAACUUGAAUCCACCAUCAACGAAGCUCUUGACUGGCUGGACGAAACUACGAAUGCCGAGACGGAGCUAUUGCAAUCGCGCAUGGAAGACAUCGAGCAGAUCGCCAAACCGAUCAUGUCGCGACUCUACAGCCAGGAUUCCACCGGAGGAAGAGGGGGCGGCGAUGACUAUGACUACGACUUUGGGGAUGACGAGCUAUAAUCUGCAGCAGCUCCGGUGUCGUUCGAUUGUGUCUACGACUUGUGAAUACCUAUUAGGUGUUGGACGUUCGGUGUUUUUCGCACAACGCAGAUUUGUUGGUCCCCGCAUAACCGUACGAAAAGAGUUUUGAGUAAGAUUGGCAAGGCAUCAAAGCCGUACAGUGUCUGAACGAUUGAGCACAGUCUAUUGCUGAGCGAAACAUUUAUUAGGGUUCAGUGUACGUAUGCAUAGUUUCGGUAGUUUGAGCCCAAUUUCCUGCGUUACAUAUGUGGUAGUGUCUACUAUUUUUUCUUGAAUGGUGUACUUGUAUCUGAGCCCCGAUUCGUUUUGAAUGUUUCUUGUGAGGGCCGGCAAUGGAAACGUUGGGGUAUUCUUUGUUCUGAUUUGCGUGGUACGUCACAUACAUGUUACGAUCAGGGCGGGCCUCUGUUUACGCUAGAGUAGCCAUCGUCGUGUAGCACAAAAAUAAACGUGUAAGCAUGUGUGCGGCAACUUGUCUGCCCUGCUUUCCGAAUUCGUCGUUCAUUGCGUUUCACCGGUCGAGUCUAUAGUGAGGGAUGAGAGUGAUUUUGGACAUUGGGGGUAGUUGGCAGCUCAACAAAAAGCCACGUCAUAUUGUAUUCAGCGUAACAAGGGAAUGGAAGUGGACGGGUGGAAGCUUGUGGUUGAGGUAUCCCUAACCCUGCCUUCCCGAAGAAACGCUUCGGUCCACACUUGGGUCGACAAACUUAUCCUUACAUAGUAUAGUCUCAUGCGUUCGGGCCAUUGGCUGACCAUCCUUCGUCUUGAAAGACGUUCGGGAAAGCAUUCGAUCAACCUAGCGGCGUGUAAUUCCCGAAUGUACGCUGUCUCUUCGUUCAGCGUCUGGCGACAACGAUAACGGCGUCAGACCGAGCAACAGGCACGCAAUCACGUGUUGUAAUGUGCCCAACACGGACGACCAAGUAGAUGCGUUCAUCACGGGGCUUGAAGUAUGUCGACACCCCUCCGAAGCGUAGCACACGGACGACCGACGCUU